AUGUCUGUGGCGACCAUGUUACAACCGGCAUCCAGAGCCUCGAGGGCGUCCACUUCGUCGUCCUCCUCCUUUCAGCCAGUCACUCGCCAGAACACCAUGUCGUCGCAUGACACCCGCUCGCUCCGUCAGUCCAAGCGGCUCUCCGUCACGGCCCUGUACCUGUCCAUGUCCGCCAAGGAUAAGGAUCUGGAGAUUUCAGACGAUCUAGCAAGAGCUCAGAAACAUCUGCGAGAGCUGAAAAUGAAGAUCUCGUCGCAAUCGAAAAAGAACUUUGUUCUCGAAAAGGACGUGCGCUACCUGGAUUCCCGCAUAGCUUUGCUCAUUGCAAACCGUAUGGCGCUGGAGGAACAAAAUGAAGUGGCUAGUCAUCUUGAUGACACUGCAGACCCCCAGGAAGGCUUCUUCCCAAACGAUGAAAAGACCCAGAAAUACGGGAACCUGCUCUUCCUCCUCCAGUCGGAACCCCGCCACAUCGCCCAUCUCUGCCGCUUGGUGUCCAUGUCCGAGAUCGACUCGCUCCUCCAGACCGUCAUGUUCACCAUCUACGGAAACCAAUACGAGAGCCGCGAGGAGCACCUGCUGCUCACCAUGUUCCAGUCGGUCUUGACCUACCAGUUUGACAACACGCCCGAGUAUUCCUCCCUGCUCCGCCAGAACACCCCGGUCUCCCGCAUGAUGACCACCUACACCCGCCGCGGCCCGGGCCAGAGCUACCUGAAGCAGGUCUUGGCGGAUCAGAUCAAUGCUUUAAUAGAGCUCCGCGACGUCGAUCUCGAGAUCAACCCGCUCAAGGUGUACGAGAACAUGGUCUCCCAGAUCGAGGAGGACACCGGAUCGCUCCCCGACUAUCUCCCCAAAUCCGUCACCGCCGAGGUGGCCGCCGCAAACGAACAGGUGCAGGCCAUCAUCGCGCCGCGGCUCAAGAUGCUGACGGAAAUCGCCAACGGCUUCCUGACCACCAUCAUCAACUCCGUCGAUGAGGCGCCCUAUGGCAUCCGCUGGAUCUGCAAGCAGAUCCGCAGCCUGUCCCGCCGCAAGUAUCCCGACGCGCAAGACCAGACCAUCUGCACCCUCAUCGGCGGCUUCUUCUUCCUCCGCUUCAUCAACCCUGCCAUCGUCACGCCGCGCUCCUACAUGCUCAUCGACGCCAUUCCGACCGAAAAACCGCGCCGGACCCUCACGUUGAUCGCCAAGAUGCUGCAGAACCUCGCCAACAAGCCCUCCUACUCCAAGGAGCCCUACAUGGCCAAGCUGCAGCCCUUCAUCCAGCAGAACAAGGAGCGCGUCAACAAGUUCAUGCUGGACCUGUGCGAGGUCCAGGACUUUUACGAGAGUUUGGAGAUGGACAACUACGUGGCCCUGUCCAAGCGCGAUCUCGAGCUGCAGAUCACCCUCAACGAGAUGUACGCCACGCACGCCCUGCUGGAAAAGCAUACCGCCGCCCUGGCCCAAGACCAGCACUCCCACCUGCACGUGCUCUUGCAGGAGCUGGGCCCGGCGCCGACGCAGGUGCCCCGCAAGGAGAACCGUACGAUCACCGUCCCUCUCUUCAGCAAAUGGGAGGCCGCCCUCGAUGACCUGACCGCGGCCCUGGACAUCACCCAGGAAGAGGUCUUCUUCAUGGAGGCCAAGUCCACCUUUGUUCAGAUCUUGCGCUCCCUCCCGCCCAACUCCUCCGUGGCCCGUCGCCCGCUGCGCCUCGAUCGGAUCGCCGAGGCGGCGGCCACCCUGAAGAAUGAUGCCGUCAUGGUUCGCAAGGGCAUUCGCACCAUGGAGCUUCUGAGCCAACUGCAAGAGAUGGGCGUCAUCGAUCGAUCGGAUGAAUUCAGUCUCCUGCGCGACGAGGUCGAACAAGAACUCGUCCACUUGGGCUCCCUCAAGGAAAAGGUUCUGGAGGAGACCAAGAAGCUUGACGAGGUCUUCCGCACCAUCCGUGACCACAACGCCUACCUCGUCGGCCAGCUCGAGACGUACAAGUCUUACCUGCACAACGUCCGCAGCCAAUCCGAAGGCAAGCAACGGAAGCAACAGAAGCAUCAGGAACUCGGGCCCUACAAGUUCACCCACCAGCAACUCGAAAAGGAGGGCGUCAUCCGCAAGAGCAACGUCCCGGAGAAUCGACGAGCCAAUAUCUAUUUCAUGUUCAAGAGUCCUCUCCCGGGCACUUUUGUCAUCAGUCUUCAUUACAAAGGACGUGCUCGUGGUCUCCUAGAGCUUGAUCUCAAACUCGACGACCUCCUCGAGAUGCAGAAAGAUAACCUCGAAGAUCUAGAUCUCGAAUAUGUGCAAUUCAACGUUUCCAAAGUGCUCUUGCUCCUUAACAAGCGAUUCGCACGGAAAAAGGGAUGGUGA